CUGCAAGUAAGAUUACAAGAAAAAUGGACAAAAGAUGGAGUCUUCAAGGUAUGACUGCUCUUGUGACCGGUGGAGCCAGCGGAAUUGGUUAUGCCAUAGUAGAGGAGUUAGCUAGUUUUGGAGCUAAAAUCCAUAUAUGCGACAUAUCCGAAACUCUGCUCAAUCAAAGUUUAAGAGAAUGGGAAAAUAAAGGGUUUCAAGUGAGUGGUUCAGUCUGUGAUGUAACCUCUCGUCCCGCGAGAGAAAAAUUGAUGCAAACUGUCUCCUCGCUUUUCGAUGGCAAACUCAACAUUCUUGUAAAUAAUGUGGGCGUACUUCACGGAAAGCCAACAACAGAAUAUGUGGCAAACGAUUUUACUUUUCAUAUCUCAACAAACUUGGAAGCUGCUUUCCAUUUUUGCCAACUUUCUCAUCCUCUCUUAAAGGCUUCAGGCUAUGGAAGCAUUGUGUUCCUUUCCUCUGUUGCUGGGGUUGUAUCAAUAACUGACUGUGGAUCCAUUUAUGGUCUAACAAAAGGAGCUCUAAAUCAGCUAGCUAGAAAUUUGGCAUGUGAAUGGGCAAAAGACGGCAUAAGAGCCAAUGCUGUUGCACCUAAUGUUGUCAAGACUGCUCAGUCUCAAUCGUUUCUUGAGGACGUCAGUUUAAAGGAGGGAUUGUUGAGUAGAACUCCACUUGGUCGUGUUGGUGAGCCGAAUGAAGUUGCAUCACUAGUGGUCUUCUUGUGUCUACCUGCAGCUUCUUAUAUCACUGGUCAAACCAUUUGUGUUGAUGGAGGCCUCACGGUUAAUGGUAAAGCAAACAAAAAAAUGGAUAAAAGAUGGAGUCUUCAAAAUAUGACUGCUCUUGUAACCGGUGGAGCCAGCGGAAUCGGGCAUGCAAUAGUAGAGGAACUAGCCGGUUUUGGGGCAAAAAUCCAUGUAUGUGACAUAUCAAAAACUCUGCUGGAUCAAAGUUUAUGUGAAUGGGAGAAGAAAGGAUUUCAAGUGAGUGGUUCGGUCUGUGAUGCAUCCAAUCGUCUCGAAAGAGAAACACUUAUGCAAAAUGUCACCACGAUAUUCGAUGGCAAGCUUAACAUUCUUGUGAACAACGUUGGCACAAUUCGCACAAAGCCAACAAUAGAAUAUUUGGCAGAUGAUUUCUCGUUCCAUAUUUCAACAAAUUUGGAGUCUGCUUAUCAUCUAAGCCAACUUUCACAUCCUCUUCUAAAGGCUUCAGGCUAUGGAAGCAUCGUCUUUAUAUCCUCUAUUGCAGGGAUUGUAUCAUUUGAUGCUGCAUCCAUUUAUGGUCUAACAAAAGGAGCUUUGAAUCAGCUAGCAAGAAAUUUGGCUUGUGAAUGGGCAAAAGACGGCAUAAGAGCUAAUGCUGUUGCUCCUAAUUUUAUCCGCACUACUCUGGUUCAAGCUUUUCUGGAAGACGCCGGUUUUAACGAGAGUUUAUCCGGUAGAACUCCACUUGGUCGCGUUGGAGAACCAAGAGAGGUUGCAUCACUUGUGGCUUUUCUGUGUCUACCUGCAGCUUCAUAUAUUACUGGUCAGACCAUUUGUGUUGAUGGAGGCCUUACUGUUAAUGGCUUCUCCUACCAGCCACAGGCUUGAGCCGGGUCUUGUCUUCUGUGUUGGUGUCAUCAAGAACGUCCAACUAUAUAUUCUCAUGUAAAAGAUUUUAUCGAAGAAAAACUUGUCCAAGUACCCAAAAAUAAAUUUCUCUUUUAAUU